CCUUUAGCAACUUGCUUGACAAGAAGUGAAAAACUAAAACUUCAAAAUGAACUUUGAACGCGAAACACUUGUUGUUUGCUACUUUUUAUCGUUAAAUUUAUGACAUUCUUAUCAAGUAAAUUAAGCCAGAUAUUAUUUCCUUUUGAUUAAAAAAGGACUUUUCAUACUGGGCACUCGGUCACACACAUCGAUCUUAAUAAAUUUAAUCAUAAUAAAAGGUACUCGGGGACACCUAUUCAAAUGAUUCGUUCCCUGGGAAUAUUAUCAAUGGGGGGUAAAAGCUUCACCUCAGUUAAGCCCUACAGUGUUAGUGCUGAAUGGAAUAAUCGACUAAAGGGGAAAGUUGCCAUAGUCACAGCUUCAACUGACGGUAUAGGAUAUGCCAUUGCAAAAAGGCUUGGAAAUGAAGGUGCAUCAGUGGUAAUAUGUAGUAGAAAAGAGAACAAUGUCCAGAAAGCAGUUAAUGAGCUUCGCAAAGAAGGAAUUACCGUAGAGGGUGUUGUAUGCCAUGUUGGGAAUGCUGAACAGAGGAAGAAAUUGUUUGAUAUUGCUAAUGAGAAAUUUGGAGGUCUUGAUAUACUAGUCUCAAAUGCUGCAGUUAAUCCAGGAGUGUCACCAGUUUUGGAGACUGAAGAGAAUGUUUGGGACAAAAUAUUUGAAAUCAAUGUGAAAAGUUCUUGGUUAUUAGCUAAGGAAGCCUACCCCAAUCUCGUUAAGCGAGGGGGAGGCAGCAUUGUAUUUAUUUCAUCUAUAGCUGGAUAUCAACCAAUGUCUCCUUUAGGUCCAUAUAGCGUGAGUAAGACAACAUUGUUGGGAUUGACCAAGGCAAUCGCAAAUGAAGUCGUGACUGACAACAUAAGAGUUAAUUGUGUGGCACCAGGCAUUGUUGCUACGAAAUUUGCUUCAGCUAUUACCAGCUCAGAAGCAGCUAAAGAGCAAAGCUUAUCAAUUGUGCCAAUGCAGAGAUUCGGAAAGCCAUCGGAAAUAGCUGCGGCUGUGGCGUUUUUAGCGUCAAACGACGCGAGCUACGUCACCGGCGAGACCAUCGUGGUGGCAGGCGGCGCUCACGCCCAUCUGUAAUAAAUCUAAUGUGGGUACAGCAGGCAAAUAUAUCAUAACACACCUUUAUUACCAUAAAAAUAACGAUGUGAUCCAAUAUAUUUGACCACUUAGACCUUCAUUAUCUAUUUGAUGCUGACUGUACUCGUCCGUAGAGGAAACUUUUUCAUAAAACGAGUUUUCAUUGAGAUUACACAUAUCUAAACGAAGUUUUAUAGGUAAUAUAUUAUUGAUUGCACAUUUGAAAUGUAACUUUGUAUACCACUGAGUGGUAAGCAGCUGUAUACUCAUUGUUGCACAAUUAAUGCUCUAACAUACUUAGAUAUUUAUAUUUUUCGAAGCUUUUACAGUCACACAUUUUAGUUUGUAAGGAAAUAUUUCUUGUGGAAAGGUAUGGAUGGUAUGUUGUACAUUGGGCUGUGGCAAUAAAUUUAUGGUUAUAACGAUA